CCGAGCUGGAUAAGGGACUGACAGAAGGUAGAGGGAGAGGGAGGGAGAGACUGAUAUGGGUAAUUAACAGUGUGACAGAUAUACUUGGCUCAGAAAUAUAGGUUAUGAGCACUUUAUUGAGGCAUUCAGGACAUUGUUGGAUGAUGAUGAGAGAGGGAGAGCCAGAGAUAGAAAGAUUAUUUUGUCUGUACGCCCUCUGGUGUUUUGGAGAGUACUGAAAUGAACAAUGCGCUGAGCAUAAACGUCUCUGUGCGUGCUCGUAGGGCGCGCACCAUCUACAGCCGCCCGCGCCAUCUACAGCGCACGUUGUGGAGGGAAGUCUCUCAGCCUACAAGCCACACUUAUUGGCUCAUAGCAUUGCUGUCGUUACAGACAACGCACGCAACAUGAUUGUGGCAGUGAGGGAAGCAGGGAUGUCGCCUCAUAUUAAGUGUUUUGCACACACUUUGAAUCUUGCUUUGCAAGCAGGAUUGCAUGUUCCCCGCGUCAGUCGCUUGCUUGAAAGUCGUGGCUUUUUUUCACCGCAGUACCACAGCAACAGCUGUGCUCGCGGCAAAGCAAAAUAUUCUUGAGAUCGCAUCACACAAGCUGAUCAUGGAUGUUGUAACAAGACGGAACAGCUCAAUGGAUAUGCUGGAACGCUAUCUUGAGCAACAAGCUGCUAUAACAGCAGCCCUCUUGAGCAUAGAGGUGCGCAAAAAUGCACGUCAACUCGAUACUAUGGAUAGCGCUGACAUCAGUGACGCAGAGGAAAUUGUAAACCUUCUUAAACCGCUAAAAAAAGCCACCGCUGUCCUGUCUGAUGAAAAGAGCCCCACGCUGUCACUCAUUGUGCCCUUGAAAGCCACGAUCGAACAGAGCAUGACACCGGACGAAAAAGACUCCACAACUAUUGCUAACAUGAAGACGGCCAUCCUGCAAAACCUCUCAAGCAGAUUCACAGAGGAACAGGAUUAUCUGCUAGAGGGUACUGCCUUGGACCCCAGAUUUCGGUCAUUGCCCCACUUACUCCCUGAACAAUGUGAAGAGGUUUUCCACCGGUUGAAGAACAAAUCAAACCAGUUACAGCAGGCUGUCACUGUGAAGCAAACAAAGGAGGGAGGUGCCAGUGCUGGAGAUCCCACUGAUGCAGCCGAUCAGAGAGAUACAGCACACAGAGUUGAACCAGAACAGCCACCUAGCAAAAAGACAGCACUUGAAGAGCUCUUUGGUGCAACUUUUUCUGAACCACCAGUCACCCAGUCCAAAAGUAGGAUAGAAGUAGAGAUUGAAAUGUACAAAAAGGACACUUCUAUUCCCCUCAUUAGCUGUCCACUGAAAUGGUGGAAAGAAAAUGCUCAAAUGUACCCACUUCUUUCACCUCUUGCAAAGGCUUACCUCACAGUUCCAGCAACUUCCGUUCCUAGCGAACAUGUUUUCUACAGCAGGGGAUAUUGUAAAUGCACAAAGAUCCCAGCUACUACCAAAAAAUGUAGAUAUGCUGGUUUUCUUGCAAUAAAACCUGUAAGUAAUCAAAAAAAAAGCUCUUUGUGUUGAAAUUACUUGAACAGGACACUACUUGUGUGGUGUUUUUUUUGUUGCACUUUUACUGCUUAAAGAAGUUAUCUCUUGGGCUAUCCUAAUUCUAAUUUCAUGAUACAAUUCAGUUUUAUUGGUCAGUGACACCUAGUCAAUUG